CCUGUACUUAAUUUAAGAGACCUUGGAUUAUCUGUAUUAAAACUUGGACAGAUUGAUCAACUAGUAGACAGUCUGCUUCCUGGAUUUUGUAAAGGCAAGCAUGUUUCUUCCCAUUGGCAUACAUCUCAUAUCUCUGCACAGUCCUUCUUUGAAAAUAAAUAUGGUUACUUAGAUAUGUUUAGUACUUUAUGUUCCUCUUGCUUAUACAGACAACAUUCAAGAACUCUUAAAAGUAUUUGUUCAGAUAUUCAGUGCUGGCCAGGCUCUAUGCCCAGUGUGGAGCCCAAUGCAAUCUUGAACUCAGAACCUUGAGAUGAAGACUUGAGCUGAAAUCAAGAGUCGGAUGCUUAACC